AGGGCACCCACUCCAUUGUACUCAUGGCUGUGGCCGACAGCCAGUACCUGUUCCGCCUUAUUGAUGUGGGCGCACCUGGGAGGUUUAGUGAUGGGGGAAUUUUCAAAGAUUCCCCCAUUGGUAAACGACUGCAUGAGGGCAAGCUCAAUCUGCCUCGGGCAACUAUGCUACCGGGGUCUGAAAAAGUUUGCCCUCAUGUGUUUGUAUGCGAUGAAGCCUUCCAGCUGCGUCCCGACUUCAUGCGGCCACUGCCGGGCACCAGGACUCAAGCUGAGGAGGUCAUCUUCAAUUACCGGCUCAGUCGUGCCAGAGGAUGCGUAGAGAACGCCAUCGGGAUUCUCGUUUCUCGUUGGUGCAUCUACGAGAGGCAGAUAAACCUGCAGCCUGAGAAUGUGUACAAUGUUGUGAAGGCAACCUGCAUCCUUCACAACUUUUUGCCCAUGCCCACCAGCGCUGCUGCGACUUAUUGCCCACCUGGAUAUGCAGACUGCCACGACGUGUUCGGGUCUGUCCGCAACGGCACUUGGCGACAAGGGACGGCAAGUGCUGCUGCGUUUGGCCUGCAGGGAGCAAAGGCCCGCAACUCAACAAAUGUUGCAAAUUCAGUGCGGAAAGUGUUUAUGAGCUACUUCAAGAAUGAAGGACAGGUGUCUUGGCAGUGGGACCUGCCAGGGGUCACAAGGCCGUAA